AAUUAAAAAUUAUGUUCAUAAGGGUGAUACCCAUCUUGUGAAACUUUAUGAAGAUUUUAAGAACAAGAAAGAUAAAAAAGUAAAAAUGAAAAAUGAGUAUAUGACAAAAUUAAAAAAUUUGAAUAUUUUAAAUAUGAUUAAUAAUAAGAAGAAAGAAAAUGAAUGUGGUGUAAAUAAAAAUAACAUUGUUCAUUUUAAUUUAUUUAACGAAAAUGAAGAUGUAACACCAAAAAUAGAAACGGUGUAUAUGCCAAAGUUAGAAAAAAAUAUAGAAGUAAUAAGUCAUUUAAAAGAAAAUGUUAAUGUUGACUAUACAUAUAUGGUACCAAAACCAGUAGUUAUUCCUAUUGAAGUUCCUAUAUUAAAGUUUCGUGAUCAUUUUAAAAUAAUACCGAUAAGAAAAAAAAUAAUACCAGUUAUAAAAUACACUGAUAAUAUUAUUUAUGUGGAUUGUUGUGUGGAAAAACCAUACAUCGUUUACGAAAACGUGAUCAUACCUGUUCCUUGUGAUAUUCCUAUUGAACAAAAGAAAUAUAUUGACAAGGUACCACCUAUAUAA